AUGAAGAGCUGGUCUCUCGUCGCCCCUGCCAUCAUGGCAGCAAGCACUGCCGCUUUGGUUCAAAUGGAAGUGCGCUACUCCAAAAAACUUGUCAACAUCGGCGAUCUUGAUAUGCAACAAGCCACUGUCGCCGCCAUCAACGAGGCUCCGGGCAACGCACGAUCUAAGUUAGAGAUAUAG